AUGUUUAUUCAACCAACCAUACAUAUCAAUACGACUACUACUCAACAACAAGAACAAUGCUAUCAUUUCGCAGUCGAUGAUGAUCUUCGAGUAGGCUAUUUACAACCUCACAUGACAUCUCGUGAGUUUAUCACUGAAGAGUAUUUGGAUGACUCUUCUUGGACACUAACAAACAUGAAUAUAUGGUUAAAGAGACAAUCCCUAUCUGUUGACAACAAGUCAAUCUUGAUUCAAGCAAAGAGAAUGAUAGGUCUCAAUCCUCAAUUAAUUGGUUAUGUCAAAGUAAUUGGAGAACCGUUGAAUCAAUUGUUAAUUGGAAUAGAUCGUACUAUAGAAGAUUUGAAUAAUAGUAUUGCUACUAUACAUGUUACAAGAUAUCAUUUUAAAAUUGAUGCAAUAGAGGGGUCGGUCUAUGUUGAUGUUGUUUACAAUGAUACCAUUGAAAAUUGUUCAUCAUUUAAAUUGAUUCAUUUCAUUUCAUUAUUAGGUAUUUGGAGGAGCUAUAACCAAGAAUGCAAAUGUACAACUUCCUCAACAACUCCAGAGUAA